UGUCAUUUACCCAAAAAUCAAUUGGAAACGAAAGGGUUUCCCCCUCUCUGUCUUCUCACCAAAACCCUAGUUCUAAAUCAAUCUCAUUCUAAAUCAAUCUCCAAACCCUAAUCUCUCGAAGAGCAACCGACUCGUUCUCCAUUAAACUCCUCCAAGAUGGAAGGUGAUCAAUUGCCAAAGAGUUCAGUCAAUGUAGAUGAUUGGAAUUGGAUUAUCGAAAAUGAGGAGAAGGACACUAUGGAUGUUGAUUCCCCAGACUGUGUAACCCAAUAUCUUGAUUUAAAAGAAGAAACACUGGAAAGGUUCUGCAAAGAUGCAGCACGAGCCUUCUUUAGUGAGUUUGGCUUGAUAAAUCAUCAGAUUAACUCCUUCAAUCAAUUCAUAACAAGUGGGCUCCAGGAGAUUUUUGAUUCUUUGGGUGAAGUAGUCGUGGAACCAGGCUAUGAUCCAUCCAAGGGUGGAGGAGGAGAUUGGCAGCAUGCCACUAUCACUUAUGGAAAGGUCAGGCUCGGAAAGCCAACUUUUUGGACCGAAAGAAGUGGUCAGGAGACAGAAGAAUUAAAAUUGUUGCCUAAGCAUGCCCGACUGCAAAAUAUGACCUACUCGUCGAAAUUAAAAGUGGAAGUAAGGGUUCAGGUCUACAUACUAGAGAAGAGUGACAAGGCUAAAACUGGAAAAGAUUCACACAUCUGUAAAAGGGUAUUGAGCGAUGACAAGAAGGAGAUUACCAUAGGAAGCAUGCCAGUGAUGGUGAAAUCAAAAUUGUGCUGGCUUGAUACACUGGAUAAAAGUGAUUGUUUAUAUGAUUCUGGGGGUUACUUUAUAGUUAAAGGAGCAGAAAAGGUCUUCAUUGCGCAGGAGCAACGCUGUUUAACAAGAUUGUGGAUCACGGAUAAACCUGUCUGGACAGCAUCACAUAUUUCUGAGAUGAAGAAGAAAAGGGUUUAUGUUAAACUUGUUGAUGCUUCGAAAGUUGAUGGUUUAAAUAGUGGGAAACUUAUCAGCAUAUACUUCUUAUAUGCCACGAUGCCGGUUUGGGUCAUGUUUUUUGCCCUUGGCGCUGCUUCUGACAAGGAAGUUUUUGAGAUGAUUGAUCUUGAUGGUUGCGAUAAUAACAUUACUAAUAUUAUAUUAGCAACUAUUAGAGAUGCUGAUGAACAAUGUAAUGAUUUUAGAAAAGCGGGAAGAUCUAGAGACUACGUGGAUAGUCUUAUUAAAAACUCGAAAUUUCCACCCACCGAGUCAUUUGAUGAGUAUGUUGGGAAGUACCUAUUUCCAACAAUUUCCGGGCAUAGGGAGAAGGCACUUUUUCUUGGAUACAUUGUGAAAUGCCUGUUGCUAGGCUGUUUCGGGAAGCGAAAGUGUGACAAGAGGGAUGAUUUCAGAAAUAAAAGGUUAGACUUAGUUGGUGAGUUGCUUGGUAGAGAGUUGUGGGCAAAUAUUCGACAUGCUGAGAAGCGCAUGGUUAAAGCCAUGCAAAGAGAUCUUAGUGGAGAUCGUGACCUGCAGUUGAUAGAACGUUAUUGGGAUGCCUCGAUUGUCACAAAUGGCCUGAAUAGGGCUUUCUCGACUGGUCAAUGGUGUCAUCCAUAUAUAAAGACAGAGAGGUGUUCUGGAGUCGUGGCGAAUCUCCAAAGAACUAAUGCAUUACAGAUGAUGUCUAGUCUGAGGAAAACAAGGCAGCAGGUUGCUUAUGCUGGAAAAGCUGGAGAUGCUAGAUAUCCAAACCCGUCUUAUUGGGGAAAGCUAUGCUUUCUCUCCACCCCUGAUGGAGAGAAUUGUGGGCUAGUGAAGAAUUUAUCAGUUACUGCUCUUGUCAGCUCCAGCAUCAAUGAACCUGUUCUGGAUAAGUUGGUUUCCUGUGGAAUGGAAAAAUUGGAUCAAAUUUCUGUUUCUUCACUGAGUAAAACGUAUAAAAUCUUUUUGAACGGGGAUUGGAUUGGAGUGUGUUCGGACUCAAGGUUGUUUGUUCUAAACUUCAGACAAAUGCGCCGUGCACAGGAAAUCAAUUCUCAGGUGGAGAUCAAAUUGGACCAACACCAGAAGGAGGUGAGAAUAUUUUCUGAUGCUGGGAGACUUUUACGACCUCUUCUAAUUGUUGAAAAUCUGAAGAAAGUCAAAAGCCUCAAAGGUGGGAUUUCCUCGUACCAGUCCCUUGUAAAUGAGGGAAUUAUUGAACUCAUUGGUGUAGAAGAAGAAGAGGACUGCAGAGCUGCCUGGGGGAUCAGAUACCUGUUGCAGGAGGGUAGCAAGCAAGCAGCAAUACCAUACACACACUGUGAGCUUGACCCUUCCUUUUUACUGGGAUUGAGUUGUGGUAUCAUCCCUUUUGCCAACCAUAACCUUGCACGGAGGGUCCUAUUUCAGGCUCAGAAGCAUUCACAUCAGGCUGUUGGUUUCUCAACCACAAAUCCUGAUAUUAGGGUUGAUACACUGAUGCACCAGAUGUAUUAUCCACAGAGGCCUCUGUUCCGAACUGUGGUAGCUGACUGCCUUGGUAGGAGAGAUUAUUCUCUGGGCCUGAAGGAUGGGAUGUCGAGGCCAGAGCUCUUCAAUGGUCAGAAUGCUAUCGUGGCAGUAAAUGUUCACCUUGGUUACAACCAGGAGGACUCCUUGGUGAUGAAUAGAGCUUCAUUAGAACGUGGAAUGUUCCGUACUGAACAUUUUAGGAGCUAUAAAGCAGAGGUUGAGAAUAAAGAAAUUACCAAGAGAAUCAAGUUGAAAGACAAGGUGGAGUUUGGAAAGAUGCAGAGCAAAAAGGGUCGCGUGGAUUCUCUUGAAGAUGAUGGCUUUCCAUGGAUUGGUGCUUGUCUCCAGACUGGUGACAUUGUGAUUGGAAAGGUUGCAGAAUCCGGAGAAGAUCACAGUACCAAGCUGAAACAUACCGAGAAGGGGAUGGUACAGAAGGUGGUGCUCUCGGCAAAUGAUGAAGGGAAAAACUUCGCAGUUGUCACUUUGAGACAGGUCCGAUCUCCUUGUCUUGGGGACAAGUUUUCCAGUAUGCACGGUCAGAAGGGUGUUGUUGGGUUCUUGGAGUCGCAAGAAAAUUUUCCUUUCACCCGUGAAGGAAUUGUUCCAGAUAUAGUGAUAAAUCCACAUGCUUUUCCAACCCGGCAAACUCCUGGUCAGUUGCUAGAGGCAUCACUUGGGAAGGGUAUUGCUCUUGGUGGAAAGAUAACAUAUGCUACUCCAUUUACAACUCCGUCGGUUGAUGUCAUCGCAGAGCAAUUGCACCGUUUAAAUUUCCAGAGGUGGGGAGCCGAGAGAGUGCUCAAUGGCCGCACAGGUGAGCUCAUGCAAACCAUGAUAUUCACUGGCCCGACAUUCUACCAACGCCUGAUCCACAUGUCUGAGGACAAGGUGAAGUUCCGAAAUACGGGUCCAGUUCACCCGCUGACCCGCCAACCCGUUGCUGAUCGCAAGAGGUUCGGUGGGGUCAAGUUCGGGGAGAUGGAGCGGGAUUGCCUCCUCGCCCAUGGCGCUGCUGCUAACUUGCAUGAGCGUCUGUUCACGCUCAGUGACUUCUCCCAGAUGCAUGUCUGUCGCACCUGCAGCCGUUUCGCUAAUGUGAUCCAGCGAGUUGUCAGCAACGGGAAGAUACGGGGGCCUUAUUGUGGUUUCUGCAAAUCGGGGGAGAACGUCGUGAGGAUUAACGUACCGUAUGGUGCGAAACUGCUAUUUCAGGAGUUGUUUAGUAUGGGUAUCUGCCUCAAGUUUGAAACUGAGGUUUGUUAAGUUUGAUGCUAACGUGGAAGUGGGUUGUGAUGCUUGUGUAAAUACCUGAAGCAUGUGGCUGACUGGAAAUGGGUGGACGAGGACGAGUGGGUGGAUGUAUCUAUGUUUAUGACUCAAGACUGAUGGUGGUGGAUUGUUUGUUCCCUCCUACUGGUUGUGUUCUGUUUUUUGAAUAGUUGUACUGCGUGUUUUCUUCUCCUUUUGAUUUCUAAAUAAAUUCCUGGUAUGAUGGUUUAGACUUUUAUC